AUGGCAACAUCUGGAGAGCAGGUAUUUGGGAAUGAAGUGAUUGAUGAGAAGAUAUUAAGAGACCUGUGCUUUGGAGGAAUAGAAAGCAGGUUUCGCGGAAUGGCGUGGAGAGUGAUUUUUCGGAUUGUUGGUCUUCGCAAGGGAAUGCAUAUGAAGGAGAUAGAAAUGAAGCACAUGAAGUAUAUUGAGAUGGCAUCGAAGAUUGGAUAUGCAUGCCAAGGAGGAUAUGGAGGAGAAUGUAAGGGCUGUGCAGGCAGGCGGGAUACAGAUGUGACAGGCUGUGGGAAAAAGAGAGUCACGAGUGUAUCGAAGAAGAUUAUGCACCAGAUAGACAUUGAUGUGAAGAGGAUAGAUAUGAAGUAUAGGAUACGCCUAGGAACGGAUAUUUCGUAUGUUUAUUACCGUGUGUUGUUGUUAGUUGCAUACCGAAGACCCACACUGGGAUAUAUUCAAGGGAUGGCAGACAUAUUGGUUCCUUUUAUUCUUGUGUUUUCUCAGGAGAAUAGUGAAAAGAUGGAGAGCAGUGCAUAUUUCUGCUAUUCAAGGCUACUGGAUGAGAUACAGCACAAUAUUAUAGGCCUGCAGGUGAAGAUGAUCAAGAAGCUGGAGACAGUAGUCAAAAUAAUAGAUCCGAGCUAUCAUGCUUUUUUGAAAGAAGUUGGCAUUGAGAUGCACAUGUUUGCUUUUAGAUGGUUUAAUUGUUUUUUUAUAAGGGAAUUUAAGGUUCCGACUAUUUACAAGGUGCUUGACACGAUUUUUGCGUCUGAUAACAUUUGUGAAUCUCUGCUGUAUUUUGGAGUUGCACUGCUGAUGAAAUUCAAGAAUGUACUUGUUGGCAAUGACUUUUCGCAUGGAAUUUUAUUUUUACAGAACAUAUAUGAGAAUGAAUGGGAAGAGGCCGAAGUUGAGCUAAUGCUGUCAUCGGCGAAAUUUUAUAGAAAUGUGAUGUCUGGGCAAUGA